AUGGCGUCGUUACUUUGGGCAGGCGACGCAGGGGCGGCUGAGAGCGAGCGGCUGAACAGCCACUUUUCAAACCUCAUCCACCCCCGGAAGAACCUUCAUGGUGUUAAGAAUACUACAGUCCCAGACAUAGAUGAUUCUAUUAACAUAGAUGAAAAUGAAGAAGAAGAUGUAGUGGAUUUGGCAGCUAAUUCACUCUUAAACAAGUUAAUCCGUCAGUCCUUGGUAGAAUCCAGUCACCGAGUUGAAGUCUUACAAAAGGAUCCUAGCUCUCCACUCUACUCAGUAAAAACGUUUGAAGAGCUGAGACUAAAGGAAGAGUUACUAAAAGGGAUCUAUGCAAUGGGAUUUAACAGACCAUCCAAAAUCCAAGAGAUGGCUCUCCCCAUGAUGCUUGCACAUCCACCCCAGAACCUCAUAGCACAGAGCCAGUCUGGAACAGGAAAAACAGCUGCCUUUGUCUUGGCAAUGCUAAGUAGAGUUAAUGCCUCUGAACUAUUCCCACAGUGCCUCUGCCUGGCUCCUACUUACGAACUGGCUCUGCAGACUGGUCGUGUGGUUGAGCAGAUGGGAAAGUUCUGUGUGGAUGUUCAAGUGAUGUAUGCCAUUCGAGGGAAUCGAAUUCCCAGAGGCUCUGAGGUCACCAAACAGAUUGUAAUCGGCACUCCCGGCACUGUCUUAGAUUGGUGUUUCAAGCGAAAACUGAUUGAUUUGACUAAGAUUCGGGUGUUUGUCCUGGAUGAAGCAGAUGUGAUGAUUGAUACCCAAGGAUUCUCAGAUCAGAGUAUUCGUAUUCAGAGAGCUUUACCCUCCGAAUGUCAGAUGCUCCUCUUUUCAGCAACCUUUGAGGACUCAGUGUGGCAGUUUGCUGAACGAAUCAUUCCUGACCCUAAUGUUAUCAAGUUGCGUAAAGAGGAGCUGACGCUGAACAACAUCCGGCAGUAUUAUGUGUUAUGUGGGAACAGGAAGGACAAGUACCAAGCUCUGUGCAACAUUUAUGGUGGCAUCACCAUUGGCCAGGCCAUCAUCUUCUGUCAGACUCGUCGAAAUGCCAAGUGGCUGACGGUGGAGAUGAUGCAGGAUGGCCACCAGGUGUCCUUAUUAAGCGGAGAGCUGACCGUGGAGCAGCGGGCUUCCAUCAUCCAGAGGUUUCGAGAUGGGAAAGAGAAGGUUCUUAUAACAACCAAUGUGUGUGCUCGAGGGAUUGAUGUGAAGCAGGUCACGAUCGUUGUGAACUUUGAUCUCCCUGUGAACCAACUAGAGGAGCCAGACUAUGAGACGUACCUCCACCGCAUAGGGCGGACGGGACGCUUUGGGAAAAAAGGCCUCGCCUUCAACAUGAUUGAAGUGGAUAAGCUGCCCCUGCUGAUGAAGAUCCAGGACCACUUCAACAGAAAUAUUAAGCAGCUUGACCCUGAAGACAUGGAUGAGAUUGAAAAGAUCGAAUAUUGAAGAAAGAACUUUAUUAUUUGUGAAUUUCCUAGUUUAUGUGAGAAUGUCACAGGGGUUUUGAAGGUAAUUUUUUUUUUUUUUUUUAUGUUGAGGCUGUUUCAACAUGAAACUAUCAGAGAUGGCAUGGCUGGGUGCCCUUGGUUUAGAGACCUGAGGUCUUCCUGAAAGCAAAUUGACGUGGAGCACGUGGUCCUUUU